AUGGAGCCCCGGUUUCAGCGCCUAGCCGCGGCGCUGCUGUUCCUCGUCGUGGCGCUGACGCUGUGGUUCCACGCGCCCGCCGUUGUCCAGCGUCAAGCGAGCGCGCAGCAGCAGCAGCAGCAGCCGCCGCCCUUUUCCGCCGGCCUGAACUACACCCGCCUGCACCCUGCGAACUCCACUCUGGGCUUCGGUGCCGUGCUUGCCGUCUCGCGCCACAACUCGCCCCGGCAGGAGUCCCUGUUCUUCGCCUCCAACUUGACCGGCGUCGACAUCAUCGUCCCGCGCCAGCCACAAUGGACCGAUGACCGCCUCAAUCAGCUUCGAGCCAAGCACGGCUCGAGAAUCACUCGCGGCUCAGCGCUGGCCUGGCUGGGUCACCUGAACGCGUUGCAAUGGCUCCUCGACUCCGACCUGGAGACGGCGCUUAUUCUCGAGGACGACGUCGACUGGGACAUCCACCUGCGCAGCGUCCAGGUCCCACUUGCGUCUGAGAACUUGCGCAAGCUCCUGGCUUCCGACGACACCUACUGGGCUGAUUUGGACCAGUGGGAGAUUCUCUAUCUCGGCCACUGUGGCGAUUUCUUCGACGCCAAGAAGCUUGACAGCUUGCAGCAUCGCGUUUACCGAGACGACACCAUUCUGCCCCAUCGGAGGAUGCACUCGCACACCAACGAGUUCCUGGAAGAGCUCGGCCUCGAAGAAGGCGAGCGAAUGGUCCACCGCUCCAAGUGGCCGCUUUGCACCUUUGGCUACGCCGUCACCCGCGCCUCAGCCAAGCGCAUCCUGACCAAGCUAGCAGCAAGAGAGGAGGAUGGUGGCUGCGAUGCUUUUGACGUGCGCAUCCUGGAGGCCUGUAGAGAUCUGGACUACAAGUGCUAUAGCGUCAACCCCGAACUCUUCCACCAUGUCUCGGCUCCCUCCGAGAUUGCAAAUGUCAACGAAGGCCUUGACAGCAAAGGCCGCCUGCAGCCUCAGAAAUCCUCCGGCGGUACCACUAACAUUGCCUGCGGUGCACGGUCUGAUUCAUAUUUCACCAAAGACCCAGCCACCCUGAAAUACCUACAGAAAGAAGUGGGCGAAAAGGGACACUGUCUGAGGGAUCCCAUGGAACAGGACGCAGAAAAACCUUUUUGA